AUGGGAAAACGACUAAAGAAGAAGAAGACCAGCAUCAAGAAGUGCACCCUGAAUCCAUACUACAACGAAUCGUUCUCGUUUGAGGUUCCGUUUGAACAGAUUCAGAAAGUACAGCUGGUGGUAACGGUGGUGGACUACGAUCGUAUCGGUACGUCUGAGCCUAUCGGCAAGGUCGUGUUAGGUUAUAAUGCGAGUGGCACCGAACUGCGUCAUUGGUCCGACAUGCUGGCCUCUCCGCGCCGCCCCAUCGCCCAAUGGCACACCCUCAAGGACCCUGAAGACGAUAAGAAAGACUAAAAUGGUACCAUCAGAUUGCUUGAAGCCAGAUCGCCAUGAGGCUGAAUCCCCUACUCUCUCCAUUUGUGCAAUCCUGUAUAUAAAAAUAUAUUUUAGUGUCAAUCAUUAUUUUUAGCAAAAUAUCGAUUGGUACUGAGUUGAGAAGCGAAAGGGUACUUUCGCUUCCUGUACAGAGAUGCUAGUCCAUGUAAAUG